AUGUCCGCGAAAGCAAUAAGAGAAUAUGACGGAAAGCUAUUACUUGCCUAUUGGUUGCUUCGUUCUCCCUCAUUAUCCAAAGAUGAAACUGCGUCUACCUCAAAAUUUAUUCCGCCCAGUAAAGUAGCUCAUGUUGCUUUUGACACUUCCACUCUCCAUGAUAAAACUAUUUCCAAUCCACCUGUCGCGUUCAGUAAUCAAAUGCAGCAUACCUUGAAUGUUCUUGAACAAACACAUCCUUGGUUAUUAACUGAAAAAUUGGUAGUUAAACCCGAUCAAUUGAUCAAACGAAGAGGAAAGUCGGGACUUUUAUUGUUGAAUGCUGAUUGGCCUCAAGUUCGUGAAUGGGUUAUUGAAAGGGCUGGAAAGGAGAUAAAAAUCGAUUUGAUAACUGGCGUGUUAAAAACAUUUAUCGUUGAACCUUUUGUCCCACAUCCUCAACAUACCGAAUAUUAUAUUAAUAUAAAUUCUGUGCGUGAUGGAGAUUAUAUCUUAUUUACGCAUGAAGGUGGUAUUGAAGUUGGUGAUGUUGAUGCCAAAGCAUUGAAACUUUUGAUUCCAGUAGAUGCGGAUUUUCCUUCGGCUGAUCAAAUUAAAGAAAAAUUGCUAAUUAAUGUACCGGAGAGCAAGAAGGACGUUCUUGUUGAUUUCAUCUCGAGGUUAUAUGCUGUUUAUGUAGAUUUACAUUUUACCUAUCUUGAAAUCAAUCCUUUGGUCGUGCUCGAUCCUGCUUCUGAUGGUGAACCACCCAAAGUCUAUUAUCUUGAUUUGGCCGCAAAAAUUGAUCAGACAGCUGAAUCCGAAGCCGGACCAAAAUGGGCAAUAGCACGAGCACCACAAAGUAUCGGUAUUGUCGGUCAAUAUGAAACUUCGAAAACUCAGAUUGAUCAAGGACCUCCAUUGGAAUUUCCUGCUCCUUUUGGACGUGAAUCAACUAAAGAGGAAGCAUAUGUUCAAGAAUUGGAUUCAAAAACUGGUGCAUCAUUGAAAUUAACUAUUCUAAAUAAAGAAGGAAGAAUAUGGACAAUGGUGGCCGGUGGAUUUGCGCAUGAGCUCGCAAACUAUGGUGAAUAUUCAGGUGCCCCUACCGAAACACAAACUUAUGAGUAUGCAAAAACAAUUUUAGAUUUAAUGACGCGUAAUCCAAUUCCUCAUCCUGAGGGUAAGGUGCUUAUUAUUGGUGGAGGUAUCGCUAACUUUACCAACGUCGCGGUCACAUUCAAAGGGUUAAUCAGAGCUCUUCGAGAAUACAAGAAAUUAUUAAUCAUGCACAAAGCUAGAAUAUUCGUGAGGCGGGGGGGACCAAAUUAUCAAGAAGGCUUAAAAGCCAUGAGACAAUUGGGUGAAGAUUUAGGUGUGGAAAUUCAAGUUUUUGGUCCUGAAACUCAUAUUACUGAGAUCGUGCCGUUAGCUUUAUUGGGUCGUGGAUCUGGUCUCAAUAGCAAUGCUGCUGAAACGUCGAAUUUAUCAGGAAAUUCUCUUCAAGAUCAAAUUUUGGGAACUUUUUCAAAUUCUGUUACGCAAACAAAAACAAACGGAAGUACGGAAGAUUUACAAACACCUGUCGCUGACCCACGUGAACGUAUGACUUAUUUUGAAAGUACUGAAGCCCCACAAAAACCUUGGUAUUCAACAUUUACCGAUAAAACUCGCGCUUUUGUCUACGGAAUGCAGCCUCGUGCUGUACAAGGGAUGUUGGAUUUUGAUUAUAUAUGUAAACGACAAGUUCCAUCAGUUGCUGCGAUGAUUUAUCCAUUCGGUGGAAAUCACGUUCAAAAAUUCUACUGGGGGACAAAAGAAACUCUUCUUCCCGUCUUUAAUAAUCUUGCUGAUGCUAUUGCUAAACACCCUGAAGCAGACACCGUUGUGAAUUUCGCUUCUUCACGAUCAGCAUAUGAAUCUACUAUGGAAUUUUUCCAAUACUCCAAUCAAAUAAAGACAAUCGCAAUAAUUGCUGAAGGUGUCCCGGAAAGACGCGCACGACAAAUUCUUUUCGAGGCUAAAAAAAGAGGUGUUCUAAUUAUUGGUCCUGCUACUGUGGGUGGCAUCAAACCUGGAUGCUUUAAAAUUGGCAAUACUGGUGGAAUGAUGGAUAAUAUAGUCUCUUCUAAAUUAUAUCGACCAGGUUCCGUAGCUUAUGUAUCGAAAUCUGGUGGUAUGUCUAACGAGCUGAAUAAUAUCGUCUCUAGAACUACUGAUGGUGUUUACGAAGGUGUUGCGAUCGGAGGUGAUCGAUAUCCCGGAUCAACAUUUAUUGAUCACUUAUUGCGUUUUGAAAAUGAUCCGAAUUGUAAAAUUUUACUAUUGCUUGGAGAAGUGGGAGGUGUAGAAGAAUAUCGAGUAUGUGAGGCAAUUAAAGGGGGACGUAUUAAGAAACCAUUGAUUGCUUGGUGUAUUGGAACCUGUGCCAAAAUGUUCACCACUGAAGUACAAUUCGGCCACGCUGGAGCUUUAGCACAAUCAGAUCUUGAGACUGCCGACGCGAAAAAUUCAGCAAUUAGAGCAGCAGGUGGAAUUGUUCCGGAAACUUUUGAGAAAUUACCUCUUGUUUUGAAUGAAAUUUAUCAAAAACUUGUCUCGGAGGGUACUAUAGUACCUAAACCAGAACCGGAAACGCCGAAGAUUCCUAUUGAUUAUUCUUGGGCUCAGGAACUUGGUUUAGUGCGAAAACCAGCAAGUUUUGUAUCAACUAUUUGCGAUGAUCGUGGGCAAGAGCUAUUAUAUGCGGGAAUGAGAAUUUCAGAUGUUUUCAAAGAAAAUAUCGGCAUAGGCGGUGUAUUAAGUUUACUUUGGUUUAAGAGACGAUUACCUGAUUACGCUUGUCGUUUUAUUGAAAUGAUUUUGAUGUUGACUGCUGAUCAUGGACCUGCGGUAUCAGGUGCACAUAAUACAAUUGUCACUGCUCGUGCCGGAAAGGAUCUUAUAUCAAGUCUAUGUUCUGGUCUAUUGACUAUUGGGGAUCGAUUUGGAGGUGCAUUAGACGGUGCUGCAGAAUUAUUUACCGGUGCUUAUGAUAAAAGCUUAACGCCACGGGAAUUCGUGACUUCGAUGAGGAGACAAAACAAAUUAAUUCUUGGAAUUGGUCAUAAAAUUAAAUCACGGAAUAAUCCCGAUCUACGUGUAGAACUCCUUAAAGAAUUCGCAAAAAAACAUUUUCCGGCAACCAAGCUACUCGAUUAUGCGCUAGCAGUUGAAGAUCUCACCACACAAAAGAAAGAUUCCUUAAUAUUAAAUUUGGAUGGUGCUAUCGCCGUAUGUUUUGUUGAUUUGCUACGUGAAUCGGGUGCAUUCAGUCGCGAAGAAGCAGAAGAAUACAUCAAGAUUGGUGCAUUGAAUGGAUUAUUUGUUUUAGGACGAAGUAUUGGAUUCAUUGGUCAUUAUCUUGAUCAAAAACGACUAAAACAAGGUCUUUAUCGACAUCCUUGGGAUGAUAUUUCUUAUCUGGUGCCCGGUAUUGAAACUGGUCGUGCAUUUGUUAGUCAGGAUCAGGUUAAACUAAGCAUAGAAUAA